CGCCAGUCGCUCGCCGCGGGUGCGUCUGCAACCAACCUUGCCAUAUCGCUGUUACGCACGACUUCUGACCUUCACACUUGCAUAGGAGACCUGGUCUCCAAGGCUUUGAUAGCCUUCAGCUUUCUUCCACCGUCAGCACUUGACUCCACCACCAUCACCAUGGACGGAGCCGGCCAGCCCAACCUGAGGGUCACUAUUAUUGCUGCUGAUGGCCUCUACAAGCGGGAUGUCUUCCGAUUUCCGGACCCAUUCGCUGUUGCAACGGUGAAUGGCGAGCAGACACGCACCACCAGUGUAAUCAAGAAAACGCUGAAUCCCUACUGGAACGAGAGCUUCGAUAUGAGAGUCACCGAGGAAAGCGUUCUGGCGGUACAGAUCUUUGACCAGAAGAAGUUCAAGAAAAAGGACCAGGGUUUCCUUGGCGUCAUCAACGUCCGCAUAGGAAGCGUGAUUGACUUGGACGCCGGUGGUGACGAAAUGCUCACACGCGACCUCAAGAAGUCGAACGAUAACAUGGUCGUCCACGGGAAGCUUAUUCUUAACCUAUCCACUAACCUAGCUACACCCAUCAACCCUCCCACACAGGGUCCUCCUACAGGUCGACCUUCAGUGUCUACGCAUUCGUCAGUGAACGGACUACCUGCACAAGGAAUGGCCGCACCUGUUCCGCAGCAGUCUGCGCCUUCUCUGCACCCCGAUACGUAUCCAGGAAACCGUAACCCAAUUCCCACGCAGCCUACUCCGCAAAGGUUAAGCCAGCCUACACCUGUUGCUCCUCCAAACUCCUUGCCUCCCCCGCACUCGACGAAUGGAACACAACCGAGGACCGGGCCCGGAUUCAGUGCGUUUGAAGAUGCUCAAGGCCGUCUGCCUCCAGGAUGGGAACGUAGGGAGGAUCAUCUGGGCCGCACGUACUAUGUUGAUCACAACACCAGGCAGACUACAUGGAUUCGGCCCGGCGCUGGGUUCAAUGAGGCAGAUCAGAGGACAGCGCUAGCCGCUCAAACCCAGGUGGAGCGUACUCGACAUCAGGCCCGAAUGUUGCCGGAGGACAGGACAGGCGCAAACUCGCCAACUUUGUCCGACCGACAGCCGUCUCCUCCGGGGGGCACCGCCAAUGCUGUCUCUAUGAUGGCGACGGGCGCUACAACUGCGGGCACUGGUGAACUACCGUCUGGAUGGGAGCAGCGCCAUACUCCUGAGGGACGUGCAUAUUUCGUGGAUCACAACACGCGGACAACUACCUGGGUGGAUCCCCGGCGCCAGCAAUACAUUCGGAUGUACGGAGGCCAAAACGCAAACAACAGUACUAUCCAGCAGCAGCCUGUCUCACAGCUUGGACCCCUACCUAGUGGAUGGGAAAUGCGGCUUACGAACACUGCUCGAGUCUACUUUGUGGAUCACAAUACCAAGACGACCACUUGGGAUGAUCCCAGAUUGCCGUCGUCACUGGAUCAAAACGUGCCACAGUACAAGCGUGAUUUCAGGCGGAAGUUGAUUUACUUCCGUUCGCAACCCGCGCUUCGAAUUGUGUCUGGACAGUGCCACGUUAAGGUUCGGAGAACUCACAUUUUCGAAGAUUCGUACCAUGAGAUCAUGCGGCAGAGCGCUGCUGAUCUCAAGAAGCGACUAAUGAUCAAAUUUGACGGUGAAGACGGCUUGGAUUAUGGCGGUCUUUCUCGAGAAUUCUUCUUCCUCCUGUCUCACGAAAUGUUUAAUCCCUUCUACUGCCUUUUCGAAUACUCUGCGCACGACAACUACACUCUCCAGAUCAAUCCUCAUUCCGGCAUCAACCCUGAGCAUUUGAAUUACUUCAAGUUUAUUGGCAGAGUGGUUGGUUUGGCAAUUUUCCACCGACGAUUCUUAGAUGCUUUCUUUAUCGGAGCUUUCUACAAGAUGAUUCUCCGCAAAAAGGUGGCGCUUCAGGAUAUGGAGGGCGUUGAUGCGGACUUCCAUCGCAAUCUCGAGUGGAUGUUGAAUAAUGAUAUCACUGAUGCUCUAGAGCUGACGUUCUCAACUGAGGACGAACGAUUUGGCGAGACUGUCAGCAUUGAAUUGAAGCCUGGUGGAGAGGAAAUCGAGGUCACCAAUGAGAAUAAGCGAGAAUACGUCGACCUCAUUACUGAAUGGCGUAUUGAAAAGCGUGUUGAGGAGCAAUUUUCAGCUUUCGUCUCAGGCUUCCAUGAGCUUAUUCCCGCAGACCUCGUCAACGUCUUUGAUGAGCGCGAGUUAGAGUUGCUCAUCGGGGGUAUCGCUGACAUUGAUGUCGAUGACUGGAAGAAGCACACUGACUACCGUGGCUACACCGAGAACGACGAAGUUAUCGCUAACUUCUGGAAGUGCAUUCGGAGCUGGGACGCAGAACAGAAGUCCCGCUUGUUGCAGUUCGCAACCGGUACCUCGCGUAUUCCCGUCAACGGCUUUAAGGAUCUGCAAGGAAGUGACGGCCCGAGGAGGUUUACGAUCGAGAAAGCCGGAGAGCCUAAUCAAUUACCGAAGUCCCAUACAUGUUUCAAUCGUCUCGAUCUUCCACCAUACAAGUCGUUUGAUGCUCUAAACGGAAAGCUGACAAUUGCUGUUGAAGAGACGGUCGGGUUCGGACAAGAGUAGAGAGAAUGUGUGCGUGUGUGAGCGGUUGGUCCCCAAUUGAUAUCUUUACUGCUCCUGUUUUUUGGAGAAUGGUACAUAUCCAGCCUCAAUCUCCCGUGUAUAAAAGUGCGGACGAGGUUUGGGGACGGCAGGCUGGGAUUUUGCGUCAAAUGGCUUCAUUACAUUUGAUAUGUUCUUCUUGUGUGGUUGUCACGACCUCGACGACAAGAGGCGUUGCUGAAUAUGCAGGCAGCCGAAAUCGUCGCGUGGAUGAAACGAGGCGUUUAGGAUUAUUUC